AUGAUAGUACGUCUUAAAAAAUUUAUUUUACCUUUCUGCAAGCUGGAGAAAUUUGGAAAAAUACAAAAACAAUUUGUUAGACAUGAUUCCUCCCACUCUUCGCAAAAAAUCUUAGAGCACCUGAAAAAUAAGACCUUGAUACGAGUUAGAGGAAAGGAAACUUCGAGUUUCCUGCAAGGAUUGAUUACAAAUGAUAUGAAGCAUUUUGAAGAAGGAGCAGCUAAUUUAUAUGCAUUAUUUUUAAAUAUUAAGGGUAGAGUACUAUAUGAUGUUAUUAUAUACAAACAAGAAGACGAUGCAUAUUAUAUUGAAUGUGAUUCUCAAGUUGCUGAUCCAUUGCAAAAACACUUAAAAAUGUAUCGUGUUAGAAGAAAGAUAGACAUAGAGAAUUUAGGAGAUAGCAUAAACAUUUGGGCAUUUUUUGAUUCUGUGCAAAGUUUAGAUGAUAAACUUAAUGGUACCAAUAAACAGAGGCUUGAAGGUUUAAUAUUUCCAUGUGGUAGUCUUAAUAAUAAAGUUAGCAAAGUAAUUGACAAUGUUAUGAUAUAUGAAGAUCCUAGGCUUUCAGAUUUAGGCAUUAGAAUUUUAGCUGAAUCAAAAAUUGAAAAAAAUAAAAUAGCAAAGCACUUAAAUUUUGACUGUUCAACUUCCACUAAUAAUUUAAGUUUUAAAGCAUUUCGCUAUAAACUUGGAAUAGCUGAAGGUACAGAUGAUUUACCACCAGGAAAACCUUUACCAUUAGAAGUAAAUUGUGAUUAUUUGCAUGGAGUUAGUUUUCACAAAGGUUGUUAUAUUGGUCAGGAACUUACUGCACGUACUUAUCAUACUGGGGUAGUAAGAAAACGUCUAAUGCCUUUAAUAUUUAGUGAAAUGCCCAAUGUAUCUCUUGCAUAUGAUGAAAAAAUUAUUAAUGAGUCCGGGAAUGUAGUAGGCAAAUUUAGAGGAAUUGAAAAAGAAUAUGGAUUGGGUUUAAUGCGAAUUACUGAAGCAUUAAAGGCUCAAUCUCUUACUAUAUCAGAUAUUAAAGUAAAAGUUUUGAAACCUGUUUGGUGGCCACAAGAAUCGCAAGCACAAAGCGCGUCUAUUAUUAAAAAAACAUAA